GGGCUCAUAAAUACCGGUCAAGCACCAUUGUUGGCCGGACGGUGUUCUUGAACUAGGUAUACCGAGCCUCGGGCUAUCACGACAGGUGUUUACACUGUAGAACAAACGUCAACCAAAAUGACGGCACACGUCGUCGUCAUUGGCGCCGGCGUCACCGGCCUCAGCGCCGCUAGCCGCCUGCAGGACGCCGGGCUCCGCGUCACCGUCGUGGCGCGCGAUUUCCCAACCCCGUCCGAGACCAUCGACGCGCGCGCCUCCAUCAACUACGCCUCGCCCUGGGGCGGCGCCCACAACCGCUGGGUCGUCCCACCGCCUACCACCACCACCACCAACACCGACACCGCCGCCCGCGUCCUGGCCCGCGACCACGCCUUCGCGCUCGAGACGUACGCGCACAUGGACGCGCUGAGCCGCGCCCGCCCCGAGGCCGGCGUCACCUUCAUGCCGGGCAUCGAGUACCUCGAGGACCCCGGGCGAUUCGAGGGGGAGGGCAACCACCUGCUGACCGAGGCGCGCGCGCGCGAGCUGGGCGUCGAGGGCUUCCGCCUGCUGGACGCCUCGGAGCUGCCGCGCGGCGUGCGCUGGGGGUGCAGCUACCGCACCUGGUGCGUCAACCCCAUGGUCUACCUGGCCUUUCUGCUGCGCCGGCUGGCCCGCCGCGGCGCCGCGCUGGUGCGCCGCGAGGUGCGCGGGCCCGACGAGGCGUGGGCGCUGGGCGCCGAGCUGGGCGCCGAGGUCGACGUGGUUGUCAACUGUUCGGGCGUUGGGUUUGGGGACGCGGACGUGUUUAUCACCCGAGGCCAGACCUGCCUCGUCUCAAACUCGUGCGACGCCACCGUCACGCGCCAAAACGCAGACGGCACCUGGACCUUUUGCGUGCCACGCAACUUCGACGGCGGCACCAUCGUCGGCGGCACCAAGCAGCCCGACGACUGGGACCCGGAGCCGUCCCCGGCCGUGCGCGAGCAGCUGCUGGCCCGCUUCGCCGCCACCUACCCGGCCAUCCUCGCCGGCGCCGCCGGCGGGUCCGGCCGCCUCGAGCCCCUGGCCGACAUCGUCGGCCGCCGGCCGACGCGCAGGGGCGGCAUGCGCCUCGAGCUCGAGACGCUGCCGCCGGGGCCGCCGGGUGGCGGCCGCGGAACCGGCACCGGCCGCGUCAGGCACGUCGUCCACGCCUACGGCCUGGGCGGUAGGGGGUACGAGCUCUCGUGGGGAGUGGCGGGGAGAGUGGCCGAGUUGGUCACGUCGAGGGACAAGGCCGGCAGUGAACACGCCAAGCUGUGAUCAGAGCCGUCUCACACCGACGCAAUGAGUAGUUGCAUCUGUGCGCCUCCGCUCAUAUCAUUUGGCUGAAAGCCACAGCUUUCAUAUUCUCUAUAAUUAAUCUACUGGUAUACAAUGUUGCUGCGU